AUGGUGCUGACAAGCUUAGCUCAGAAACAAGAGCUACUUUGCUUUAUGGUUAGGUGCAGGAAGGGUGUGAAGCACGAUCCCAUGCACUGCCCAAAUGUUUCGGGUGCUCUGACUUACAAAGAGCUAGAAAGAAUGAAGAAAAGAGACAGUCUGAACUUAAGAAAAGGAAGGGGCACUGGAAGCCUGAUUGUCGUCGUAGAAUCCGAUCCAAAAGUGGCAGCAGGGAUUCCCGCUUGCACAGUCAUGGGCAGACGACUUCCGCUACAGGGAGUUCCAGCUCAAGGUAUCAUUGAUAGCGCUAACAUAACCAUUAUGGAAGCUGAGCUAUUUAAGAAAGUGGCUGCCACUAACAAAUCAAGAAGAAGCUUGACAAGACUUCUUGCAUAUCUGAUCAGAAGACAUUCGGUUCCAGGCUGCAAGUUUAUAUGUAUUACCUUUUACCCUGUGUACGGAGCUGAACAGUGCUUCUGGUCACGGGAGUGGGCUUCUGCUCAGAAACAGUUUUAUGACUCAUGUCAGUCAUCUGUUGGUAUCAACUACAUUGAGACAGACAGUAGAAUUGAAGGCUGGUUUCGAGAAUCCUCUCCAUCCAAAGUAAUAGAUAGCUAUGUCAACUCAUGUGGACCAGAUUUUCCUAUUGAAAGUGAAGGUUUUUCUAUUCAAGAUGUAAAGACUCGCAUUAGUUGUAUAAAUGAUAAACAGUUUGUUUUUCCUGGACUUUUCCUGCAGUGGGAAGCCAUUGUCAAGUUAAAUAAUGGAAGCUAUUGUGUACCCGAUGCUGUUGUUGAUGCUGUCAAGAAAUGGACAAAACACAACAGCUGUGGGAGAGUUGUUGUAGUUGGUGAUGGCAAGCAUCAAGUAUCAAUGCUCGGUCAUUUGGCAUCAGAAGACAGCACACGACAGAUGCUGCGACCACUGUUAUGUUUAGCUAGUCAGAUAUCUAGUCCCCUGUUUUUUAUGAUUGCUACCAGGUCAUACAAAUGUGGUGGACACUUCUUACCGCCUAAGCCUGGAAUGUUGGCAUGGUUACAGUAUGUGCUAGACAUUAACCUUUACCAUCAGAGCAGUCUUUAUGUCGCGAACUCAUCAUCUCAUCAGCUUGCAGCAGAAGCAGCAGGAUUGAACACUCUUAAAGCCAACGAUGCUUUUCUUAAUCCAAACUCUUUGAUUGCUGUUCACUGUGGUGGGAAAUCUAUUUGCAGAAUGCUAUCUGAUGUAUCUCUGAUUCAACUUGGUGGGGUGUUUAUGUCAUCUGACUCUAAUCAAUUGAUAGAAACUAGCCAAUUGGUACAGUUGACCUCUGAUUCGGAAGUGCGCAUGACAGUCAGUCAAACAGAACUGUGUAAUGAUGAUCAAAGUACGUUUGGCUAUUUGGUCAAAAAUUCCCAGUCACUUCAUCAGUUUGUGACAUCUUCCAAAGCAAUGCUAGGACCAUUUUACAGCAAGCAUGAAGAGCUGUCUCAUGCUCAAAACAUUAUCAAGGAAAGUACAUGUGUACCACUUAUUAGCUCUGAUGGGGAGAGUGAGGAGGACAUUAUGCAAACUCCUGUCCACUACGAUUUAGGUACAGAGAGAAUCAGGAUUGCUCUAGAUGACAUUCAGCAACUUGCUGGGAACAAAUGCUAUGAAAGAGGUGUUGGUUACUGCAACAAUGUGAAACAACUGAGCUCAAAUCCUGAAAUGGGUGGACUGUUUGUAACAUGCCAAUGCAAGGGAACAGUGUCAGAACCGUAUUAUGUUUCAGCAUUAGUCACUCAUCGUGGCACUAUUGGUGAUCAUUGUUGCACUUGUCCAAUGGGAGACAUGGGUGACUGCUGCAAACAUCUUGUUGCCAUGCUUUUAGUUUUCAAGAAUUCUUUAGAGGUCAAAGCAUCAGGUUUGAAAACAGAAAGUUCUACUACCAAGAAAAUAAGUCCAUGUUCUGCUGGGUAUACAAGUGCUGGGAACGAAUCUCUAUCAAGCGUUUGUUUGCAGUCUAAUGUAUCUGCAGUGGGUUGUAGUCCAGCUGCUGCUAAGACUGUUGGCCCAACAACUGCAAACCAAAGGACAAAACCUAUUGAUGAAAAUCAAGCAGCUAUUGCUGCUAGUCAGCAAUGGGACCGUUCAUUGCCUCAUUGGAUUUCACAAACUGGUGAGCACUGUAGGUCAGUGUCCAGAACUAAGAAUGAAAUAAGCAGAAGAAAGAAAGACGAUGAAUCACCAUUAAAGAGACGAAAGUCAUGUGAAAUCAUUUAUCAAAUGAGUGAAGAGGAGUUGAUUCUAACUGCCAAAGAGUUAUUGGAGAAAAGUGGUUGUGAUCAUGGAAAGAAAUGGUCAUCAGAUUGUUCUUCCUUUUGGCCACAGAAUUGUGGUUUGAAAGAGAGUCCGUCAUUUCUUGGGGAUGAACAGCGUCCAGUCAAUUGCAAAAUGGAUUUAUUUCACAGUGAUGGAAUGCAAUUGUCUCUUGUUGGAAAGCAAUCGAUAUCAAGAAGUAAAAUUCUCGUGGAAGCAACACCAUCUGUACCAGCUGAUGAAGAAUGUCAACCAUGUAGAAAAGAAUUUAAAUCAGUAACUUUUCAAGAAACCGCAAGGACCCGUGUUGCUGAGACUUUGGUGCCUGACACAGUUGUGCCCAGUGCAGCAAGUCACAACCAUUAUACAACAACAUCAUCGAUAUCUGUGGUACCAGAAACAAUUGACAGUAACAACAGUUCUGAUAACAAGGAAUUUGGCAAAGGAGAAUCAGCGUCUCUCAUAGACAUAGAUGUAUUCCUGUUUGGCAAUUGAUUAAUCGUGCAAUUUGGAUAAAGAUAGUAGCAAGUAUGAGCUUGUUUGCACACCAGAACAUAGUGCUAAUGAAGUUAAGAAUUUUGUCUGUACUUUAUAAUCUUAUUAAUUUGAGACCUUGUAUUUGGCAAAGCCACGUGCAUCUUGUUUAUGUGAUGUUGGUAAAGCACCUUUAAAUUUACACAGCUA